AUGUUUGAUCUACCACGUCUUGAGGAAGGAGAAUAUAUCAAUAGGCCACUAAGAUUCAAUGGACAACAUUAUGAAUGGUGGAAGGCAAGAAUGCAAGAUUUCAUCAUGGGACAUGACCCAGAGCUGUGGGACAUCAUCUGUGAUGGUUCUCACUCUCCUAUAGAUAUUUGUGUGACCAGUGUUGCAAUAGAUACAAAGAUAAAAAACGAACAAAAUGAUACUGACGGGGAGGUUGUUCAAAAGGAUAUCAAAGCCAAAAACAUACUAAUUAGCAGUCUGGGAUCAGAAGAAUACAAUUUGAUUGCCCAUUGCAAAACUCCUAAAGACAUCUGGAAGGCUCUCCAAAAUACUUAUGAAGGAAUAAAUAUAGCAAAGCAGUCUAGGAUUAAGAUGCUUACUACUGAAUAUGAGUUCUUCAAAAUGAAGGAUGGUGAUUCAAUUUUUGAUAUGUAUGCUAGAUUCUCCUUAAUCAUUAAUGAGCUUCGUUCUCUGGUGUGUACUAUCAUUGAAUCUGAAUAUUUGGCAAAUCUAACUCUUGAUGAGCUUAUAUACGAUCACGAGACCUAUGAGCUAAAAAACAAAGAUGAAGAAAACAAGAAGCGAAGAAGGAAGAAGAGGAAUGUUACCAAUGAUGAGGAUAAGAAUAACCCAGGAAAUGAGGAGUCUGAAUUAACUCUCAUUACCGAGGAACUGUCGAAGACAGGAUGCUGCAACAGAAAUGCUCAAGAAGGAAAGGAAAAGAACCAGGAAGAUACCUUAGACAGAUCUGAAGAUGAAAAUGAUGCUGGGGAGGCAUCCUCGAUAGAUAUUGACGGGAAAGCUUCACAAUAUGAUUCAUUUCUUGCACUUGUGGCAAAAUCUGAAGAUGACGAUGACGAUGAGGUAAUAUCUCUUGCAAAUGUAUUGACUGAUGCAUAUCAUAGCCUUGUAUAUGAGAAAAACACUCUAAAUAAGGAAGCUGGUGUUUUAGAGCAAGCAAGAGAUGAUAUGACAGUCACUAUAAUGGAUCUAAGGGAACAAGUUGAGGAAUUGUCUAGAGAUAAUGCUCGAUUAAACAACCAAAUGAAAAAAUGGAUAAACAUGCCGUGGAGAAAACAAGAGGGGGAGGGCAAUAAAACUCAUCUUGAGAUUGAAAGCAAACUUGAAAAGGCUAGGAUGAGCCUCACUGAUGAAGUAGAUAAGAAUAGACUACUUCAAAAGGAGCUAAAACAAGUCAAAACUGAACUUGAGAAGUCACUCAUUUGGACCUUGCCCUUGGAUAAAACUGUUGCUACGCGCAAUGGUGAUGAUAGAAAAUAG